UUUUACAGUUCAUGCAUAUGCAACAGUGCAUUGUGCAAAGUGCAAUGAAAUCACUGAUUACCAGCUUUUUCCACUCACAGAGUGGGACCCCUUCACAUCACAGACAUUUUCUUUUCUAGAAUUUCCCUUCACUGUGGAAAAAGAUAGAAGGCAGCCUGUAUUGCCACAUACAUACAAGUACAGUGAAAUUAUUUUGCUUGCGUAUACAGUGUUUCAUGAGCACAAUGGCAAUGUACAUAUAUACGUAGCUUGUGAACCUCAUCAAAUGUUAUUGGAACUAAAGUUGCAAUUGUGCGUUGUGGACUUUUUGUCAAUACACACCAUAUUUCCUGCAUACAAGAAAAGAAAGAUCCAUACCACCAGUAAACUGUGGUGCUUUGGGUUUGUUUUGAGGCAUGUAAUCCUUUACACCACUUUUUUUUUAUCACUCCUUAGAAUACCUACUGAGAUCCAAGAUGGUGGCACAGCCUCUCCAGAUCCAAGUGGUGCUAUUUUUGGUCUCGUAACCCAUCUUUUUACAGCACGUGGACAUGACAGAAACCGGUGUUCAUAAACCACAGACCUACUGUGUAAUAAUACAUUUUGCCAAUUUUCUCAUCAUUCUUCUCUCUAUGCAAAUUUUGAUAUGUGAACAACAACCAAAUAUGAUAGCGUAGAAAUGACGCAGUCUGGUAUACUAUAUGCCACAAAAUUUAUGUUAUUGUAGAUUUUUCUGUCAGACAUAUUUUUCUCUUAAAUUCCAUUAGAUCCUCCACUCGGAAUGAUAAUUCUAUUAUCUCAAAUUAGAAAUGAGGCAAUGGAGUUUCAACAGAGACUGUCGGCUUCUCGUUACGUGCCAUAAAUAAUGACUUUCACCCAAAACUGGAAACUACCUAGUAGAGCCAUUUAUGGUGACUGACUGGAAAUAAGCACGUUCUGGUGACAAAAAGAAUGUGUUCUUGGGUAAGAGUGGAUGCUGACCUCACACUUCAUAGUUCCUUAUUUUCUGCUAUAUAAGGUCAGCUUGUACUUGAAUAAUGUCACUCAUUCAGAGGGGAUAGAGAACAUUUGAGAAAAUGCAGACUUAUACAACACUGAUGAGGAGCCUGGCUGCCAUAGUUGUCAUUUCCUUUACCAUCUGGACUGUAACAGAUGCAGAAAAAGUGAGCCCCUGCUGUGUUGCUGUCUCCAGGUCCAUGGAGAAUGUUACCAUCGAAGGUUACAGAUUACAGGAGAAAAACCUUCCAUGCGUUAAAGCAGUCAUUUUUCAGACAGAAAGGGGACAGUUCUGCAUUGAUCCAUAUCAACCCUGGGUGAAGAGGAAGAUCAUUGAAUUUAGGAGGUCACAAAAGAACAAAAUGUCUCCAACCACUGCCUCCCUGCAUCUGACCUUCUCAACACCACAGAACUGAACUGUUAGAGGGAGAAACAACAACAAAAAAGCUCACUUCAGUGAAUAAAAUUCGCAGUGAUUUUAAAAGAAUAUCUUUAAUAUUUAAAGCUAUAAUUUAUUUACCUUCAUGCCCUUUUUGCCCCAUGAUAGGUGUUUAUUUUAAAAAAAAAUGUUUGGUCAUAUUUAUAACUGAAAACUAAUCGUUGUCAUUGUGUUGUUGUUGUUGUUGAUGAUGUUGUUGUUGAUGUUGUUGUUGAUGUUGUUUGGCUACAAAAAGGAACCCAAUAAAAUUGCUGGUCCAAGUGU